AUGGAUACCUCCUCUCCCGCGGCCUCCCUGCUCCUCAGUUUGACUCUUAUGGCAGUGCUCUUGCAACUCUGCCGCCCGCAACCCGCCCCGCUACGGCGCUUUGUUCCCCCUGAGCCUGGCCUCACCAGCCUGGCCAUCCACAACCGGACUGGUGACGUGUAUGUGGGUGCGGUCAACUGGAUUUAUAAACUGUCGAGUAACUUGACGCAGCUGCGCAGCCACAUGACGGGGCCCGUGCUGGACAGUGACAAGUGCUACCCCCCGCCGAGCGUGCAGUCGUGUCCGCACGAACAGGCCGCCGCGCCCAACGUCAACAAGCUGCUGCUCAUCGACUACUCGCAGAACCGGCUGAUCGCCUGCGGGAGCACGUCGCAGGGCAUCUGCCAGUUCUUGCGGCUGGAUGAUCUGUUUAAGCUCGGGGAACCGCACCAUCGCAAAGAGCACUACUUGUCCAGCGUGUCCGAGUCGGGAACCAUGUCCGGAGUCAUCAUCCCGUCUGUGAACAGUGUAACCAGCAAGCUAUUCAUCGGGACUCCCAUCGACGGGAAGUCAGAAUACUUCCCCACACUGUCCAGCCGCAAGCUGAUGGAGAAUGAGGAGAACGCAGACAUGUUCAGCUUUGUGUACCAGGACGAGUUUGUGUCGUCGCAGCUCAAGAUCCCCUCAGACACACUCUCUAAGUUCCCCGCCUUCGACAUCUACUACAUCUACAGCUUCAGCAGUGAGCAGUUUGUGUACUACCUGACGCUGCAGCUGGACACGCAGCUGACCUCUCCAGACGCCAGCGGGGAGCAGUUCUUCACCUCCAAAAUUGUGCGUCUCUGCGUGGACGACCCCAAGUUCUACUCGUACGUGGAGUUUCCCAUUGGCUGCACCAAAGACGGCGUGGAGUACCGGCUGGUGCAGGACGCGUACCUGUCCAAGCCGGGCCGCCAGCUGGCCUCCUCACUGGGGAUAUCUGAGGACGACGACGUUUUAUUUACGGUCUUCUCGCAGGGACAGAAGAACAGGGCCAAACCUCCCAAAGAGUCGGCGCUCUGUCUGUUCACACUCAAAACCAUCAAGGAGAAGAUCAAGGAGCGCAUCCAGUCGUGCUAUAAAGGGGAAGGCCGGCUGUCGCUACCCUGGCUGCUCAACAAAGAGCUGGCCUGCAUCAACUCGCCGCUCCAGAUCGACGAUAACUUCUGCGGACAGGAUUUUAACCAGCCACUAGGGGGCACCAGCACCAUCGAGGGCCUGCCGCUGUAUGUGGACCGGGAGGAGGGCCUGAGUGCGGUGGCAGCGUACGAUUACCGUGGCAACAGCGUGGUGUUCCUGGGAACGAGGGCCGGGAAACUCUACAAGCUCCUGGUGAACUCGGUCAGCUCGUCUCGUCCAGCUCUUAUCUACGAGAAAGUGACAGUCAGCGAAGGAGGAAGCGCUCUGCUGCGCCACAUGCUGUUCAGCCCCGACAAACAGAGCCUCUACACACUGACCGACAAGCAGGUGUUACGUGUUCCAGUGGAGAGCUGUGAUCAGUACUCCUCCUGCUCCUCGUGUCUUGGCUCCAGAGAUCCUCACUGUGGCUGGUGUGUGCUGCACAACAGGUGCACUCGUACAGAUCGUUGCGCUCGCUCCUCGGAGCCACAGAGAUUUGCUACCAAUCAGAAACAGUGUGUGGAGCUCAGCGUUCAGCCGGACACUGUGUCGGUCACCAUGUCCCAGGUCCAGCUGGUCCUGGAGGCGCGGAAUGUCCCGGAUCUCUCUGCUGGAGUCAAUUGCUCUUUCGAGGACUAUGUGGAGACCGAGGGCGAGAUCCAGGACGGGAAGAUCUACUGCUUGUCACCAAACAACCGGGAUGUGGUGCCGAUUACAAGAAACAAGGGAGACAGACGAGUCGUGAAGCUCUUCCUCAAAUCCAAAGAAACUGGGAAGAAGUUUGCCAGCGUGGACUUCAUAUUCUACAACUGCAGCGUGCACCAGUCAUGCCUAUCGUGUGUAAACGGCUCGUUCCCAUGUCACUGGUGUAAAUACCGCCACAUGUGCACACAGAACGCACUGGACUGUUCCUUCCAGGAGGGACGCGUCAAAAUGUCUCAGGACUGCCCCCAGAUCCUGCCCUCCUCUCAGAUCUUCGUCCCGGUCGGAGUCACCAAACCUAUCACUCUGUCGGCAAAGAACCUCCCUCAGCCUCAGUCGGGUCAGAGGAACUACGAGUGUGUGUUCAACAUCCAAGGCGAGAUCCAGAGUGUCCCAGCCCUGAGGUUCAACAGCUCCUCCAUCCAGUGUCAGAAGACCGCUUACUCGUAUGAGGGCAGUGACAUCAGCGACCUGCCCGUGGACCUCUCAGUGGUCUGGAACGGGAACUUCAUCAUCGACAACCCCCACAACAUCCAAGCUCACCUGUAUAAGUGCUUUGCUCAGCGGGAGAGCUGUGGUUUGUGCCUGAAGGCUGAGCCGCGGUUCGACUGCGGCUGGUGCGUCCAGGACAAGAAGUGUUCACUGCGGCAGGAGUGCGGCGCUGGCGAGGCCACGUGGAUGCACGCCACAACGGGGAACUCCCGCUGCGCACAUCCCAAGAUCACCAAGCUGUCUCCAGAGACUGGACCUCGUCAGGGGGGUACCAUGCUGACCAUCACGGGGGAGAACCUGGGUCUCCAGUUCAAAGACAUCCAGAGUGGAGUGCGCAUCGGCAAGGUGGUGUGUCACCCACAGGAGGAGCAGUACGUCAUCGCAGAGCAGAUUGUGUGUCAGCUGAAUGAUGCCACAGGAUACAGGGUGCAGGAGGCCCAGGUGGAGGUGUGUGUGCGCGACUGUAACCAUCCGGACUACAAGGCUGUGUCCAACAAGGCCUUCACCUUUGUGUCCCCGUACUUCACCCGGGUCCAGCCCACCUCAGGGCCCCUCUCAGGGGGAACACGGAUCACCAUCGAGGGCAGUCACCUGAACGCCGGGAGUGCAGUUUAUGUGAAGAUUGGACUGCACCCAUGUCGCUUCGAGAGACGCAGUGCUCGUGACAUUGAAUGCAUCACCCCAGCAGGUCUUGCCCCUGGUCUUGCUCCUGUUAUGGUCGACAUAAACUCUGCAGAACUGAGGAACCCUGAGGUCCGGUUCAACUACACUGAGGACCCAACGAUCCUGAGGCUGGAGCCGGAGUGGAGCAUCGCCAGUGGGGGAACCAAGGUAACUGUCACGGGGACGAACUUGGCCACGAUCAAAGAACCGAAGAUGAGAGCGAAGUAUGGAGCGGCCUCCACUGAAAAUAGUUGCACUGUGCUCUCCCCCACCCUCAUGCAGUGUCUGGUGCCCUCUGUGGCUGAUGCGGGGAAGUCCUUCUCGGAGUCCGGCACGGCUCCCGACGAAAUCGGCUUUGUCAUGGACCAUGUGCGCCCCCUGCUGGUCGUCAACCAGAGCUUCAGCUACUUCCCAGAUCCCGUGUUUGAGCCGCUGAGUCCCACAGGGGUGUUAGAGCUUAAGCCCAGCUCUCCUCUCAUCCUCAAGGGACAACACCUGAUCCCUGCUGCUGUGGGGAACUCCAGACUGAACUACAGCGUCCUGAUCGGAGAGACCCCCUGUGUCCUCACUCUGUCCGAGACCCAGCUGCUGUGCGAGUGGCCUGACCUCACAGGGGAGCACAAAGUCACCAUCCGUGUGGGUGGUUUUGUCUUCUCCCCCGGCUCUCUCCAGAUUUACUCGGACUCCCUCCUCACUCUUCCCGCCAUCAUUGGCAUUGGGGGAGGAGGAGGUCUGCUCCUCCUCGUCAUCAUCAUCGUCCUCAUCGCCUACAAACGCAAGUCCAGGGAUGCAGACCGGACUCUGAAGAGACUACAGCUGCAGAUGGACAACCUGGAGUCCAGGGUGGCCCUGGAGUGCAAGGAAGCAUUUGCAGAGCUUCAGACCGACAUCCAUGAGCUUACCCAGGAGCUGGAUGGAGCGGGCAUCCCCUUCCUGGACUAUCGCACGUACGCCAUGAGGGUCCUGUUCCCUGGGAUUGAAGACCAUCCAGUUCUCAAGGAGAUGGAGGUAAUGGUCCCGGCGAACGUAGAGAAGUCCCUGACGCUUUUCGGACAGCUGCUCACCAAGAAGCACUUCCUGCUGACCUUCAUCCGCACGCUUGAGGCCCAGAGGUCCUUCUCCAUGAGGGACCGGGGGAACGUGGCCUCCCUCAUCAUGACUGCUCUGCAGGGGGAGAUGGAGUACGCCACAGGGGUCCUCAAGCAGCUGCUGUCCGAUCUCAUCGACAAGAACCUAGAAAGCAAGAACCACCCCAAACUCCUGCUGAGGAGGACAGAGUCUGUGGCUGAGAAGAUGCUGACCAACUGGUUCACCUUCCUCCUCUACAAGUUCCUCAAGGAGUGUGCUGGGGAGCCCCUCUUCAUGCUUUUCUGUGCCAUGAAGCAGCAGAUGGAGAAAGGACCCAUCGACUCCAUCACCGGAGAGGCUCGCUACUCUCUGAGCGAGGACAAGCUGAUCCGGCAGCAGAUCGACUACAAGACUCUGACGCUGCACUGCGUGAACCCAGAAAGCGAGAAUGCCCCAGAGGUUCUUGUCAAGAGCCUGAACUGCGACACAGUUACGCAGGUGAAGGAGAAGAUUCUGGACGCAGUCUACAAGGGCACGCCAUACUCCCAGAGACCCAAGGCCUCGGAUAUGGACCUGGAGUGGAGACAGGGCAGGAUGGCACGCAUCAUUCUCCAAGAUGAAGACGUCACCACAAAGAUUGACAAUGACUGGAAGAGACUGAACACACUAGCUCACUACCAGGUGACUGACAGCUCUGUGAUCGCGCUGGUGCCCAAACAGAACUCUGCCUACAACAUCUCCAACUCGUCCACCUUCACCAAGAGCUUGAGCCGAUACGAGAGCAUGUUACGUACUGCCAGCAGCCCAGACAGCCUGCGUUCUCGAACCCCCAUGAUCACGCCAGACCUGGAGAGUGGAACCAAACUGUGGCACCUGGUGAAGAACCACGACCACUCGGACCAACGUGAGGGCGACCGGGGCAGUAAGAUGGUGUCGGAGAUCUACCUCACAAGACUGCUGGCCACCAAGGGCACUCUGCAGAAGUUUGUGGACGACCUGUUCGAGACCAUCUUCAGCACGGCUCAUCGUGGCUCUGCUCUGCCUCUGGCCAUAAAGUACAUGUUUGACUUCCUGGAUGAACAGGCCGACAAACACUGCAUCUCGGAUCCCGAUGUGAGGCACACGUGGAAGAGCAACUGCUUGCCUCUCCGUUUCUGGGUGAACGUGAUCAAGAAUCCCCAGUUUGUGUUCGACAUCCACAAGAGCAGCAUCACGGACGCCUGCCUGUCGGUCGUGGCUCAGACCUUCAUGGACUCGUGCUCCACCUCAGAGCACAAACUCGGGAAGGACUCUCCCUCCAACAAGCUGCUGUACGCCAAGGACAUCCCCAACUACAAGAACUGGGUCGAGAGGUACUACGCGGACAUCUCGCGGAUGUCUCAGAUUUCUGAUCAGGACAUGAGUGCGUAUCUCGCCGAACAGUCGAGACUUCACCUGAAACAAUUCAACAGCAUGUCCGCUCUGAAUGAGAUCUACUCCUACAUCAGCAAGUACAAGGACGAGAUCCUGUCGGCGCUGGAGCGAGACGAGUCGGCGAGGAGACAGAGGUUGCGCAGUAAACUGGAACAGGUCAUCGACACCAUGGCCCUGGCCAGCUGA